GAGUGGAACGACGGAAUACGGACGCAAUUGCAAUUCCACCAGUCGCAAUUAAGUCAUCAGUGGAAAUAGUGGUGGAAUUCGGUUCGAAUCGAAUCGCGCUGACCUGUGUCCAAAUCAAACAAAUAGUGUGAAUAAGUUACGCGCCGGAAUGUCUCGUGACGAGUUCGAGGAGCUGCUCUACUACGUGGUGGAGCUGAAGAACAAACUGAAUGCCAAACUGGAUGAGCAGUGUGCCAAACUAAACCACCAGGGAUCGAUCAUCAACCAGCAAGGUCAAAUAGUGGACGAACUUUGCUGGCAGCUGCGGGAGCUCAGCGAAAAAACCCGUGAAUUGCGGGCCGAGAAUCGACGGCUGACCGAGCGAUUGGAUCGAUUCUGUCCCAAAUGCACGGGAUGUCGGUGUGAGGCUAGUACGUAUGAAAAUCACCUCGCGGAAAGGUACAACGAGCUGUCGAUGGAGGUCGAGUGUGGUGGAAGGAAGCCGGUUUCAGUCGAUGAUGGUAGUGAUAAGGGCGUCGUAAAAGCGAUCGAAGAGCCGCGCAAAAACGACGAAUAUUCUCAGGUGACAAAGAAACGCGACACACAAACCUUGAAAAAGAAGUGGCUUUUUGGUGGGAAGGGGGAUCCGACGACAAGCGAGAAUCCCAGCAAGUCACUGCCAGUGACCAGUAGCAAUACGGUGUGGUACCUGGACGACAUAAGCAUCUACGAACCGAUUGAGCUGUCGGCUAAACCGACAACUCGAGCGCAGCUGGAGAAAAUCAGUGCCGAAGUGAUGUCCAACAGCGUACCUCCCAAGCCAGCACCGAGGAGACUCUAUGCAGCCGCUGCAGUGGACAAUCUAGCCCAGUAUUUUGCCGAUCAGACUCCAACCGCCGGCAGUAUCAGCAGUAGCGAUGACACAGAUGUUAUGUUGAGGCCUAGUCGGAUUAAACAGUUCAGUUCGGAGUCGCAACGGGGCAGCAGUAAGGUUGCCUGUAGUCAGAUUUCGGACCUGGAACAGUCUUACCUACCAUCGGAGCAAAACAUCACCGCAGAAAACUUUGUUCGUUUCACAGUCAGCAGUCGACCCGUGACAAUGGCUGCCACCGGCAGCAAUCCAGAGGCAGGACCGCCAACAGACAACCGCCGACACGCGAUUCGCUCGUACAUGUAAAUUAUCCGAAUAAAAUCACACUCGCUUUGACAUUUA